AAAAGCGGAGAGAGAGAGAGAGGGAUAGCGAAACCUAAAUUUCCCGGAAAAGAAAGAAAAAGAAAAAAAAGAAAAGCAAAGAAAAUCCCAUCUGCCGCCGCCGCAGCCGCAGCCGCCGACUGGGCAGCGAGAUCGCCGGCCGCCCGCGAUGUCGAAUCCGGCCGCCUACUACGCCGCGGUGGCGCGGAAGCAGUACUUCUGCUACCAAUGCAACCGCACCGUCCUCCUGGCGGCCUCCGCCGCUGCCGCCGGCGCGCUGUCCUGCCCGGAGUGCCGGGGGGACUUCCUCGAGGAGGUCAACGUCCCCGCGCCGGCCAUCAUCCCCUUCCCCUUCGCGCUGCCCCCGAUGGGCGGCGCCGCGUCCCCGACCCCCCCGUCCUCGUCGUCCUCCAACGCCGCGUCCCCCUCUGACGACCUCUCCGCCUUCCUCAGCAGCGUGCUCAGCUUCCGGGACGAGCCCGACCGCGCGCCCGGGGCCACCUCCGCCGCCGGCACGGCGACCCCCGAGGACGAGCCCGACGGAUUCGACGCGGUCACGUUCGUCCAGAACUACCUCCAGAGCCUCGUGGAGGGCGGCGCCAACAUCCAGGUCCUCCUCGACGACGCCAGCUUCAGCCUCGCCCCAGGCGGCAUCGGCCGUGUCGGCGGUGCCAGCUUUGGGGACUACUUCGUCGGCCCGGGUCUGGAGCAGCUCAUCGAGCAGCUUGCCGAGAACGAUCCAAAUCGUUACGGCACGCCGCCGGCCGCCAAGUCGGCCCUCUCCACGCUCCCUGAUGUUAUCGUGACCGAUGCUAUGGUCGCUGCGACCGACGGCGCCGAAUGCGCCGUCUGCAAGGAGGAUUUCUCACCUGGGGAGGGGGCAAAGCAGAUGCCUUGCAAGCACAUUUACCACUCCAAUUGCAUCAUGCCAUGGCUGGAGCUCCACAAUUCAUGCCCUAUAUGCCGCUUUGAGCUGCCUACCGAUGACCCUGAUUAUGAGGACCGCAGGACCUCAAACCCACAGCCAGCUGUUGGCAUGGCUGCUGGAGCUGCAUCUGGGAGUUCUGCUGUUGCUGAGGAACGAGGGGAGGAGAGUGGGGAUAGUGCGAGGUCGGUUGAACAGCGGUUUAUGUCACUGCCAUGGCCUUUUAAUAGAUUCGGGUCACAAACUUCACAGCAGGAUGGGAACAAUGGGGGUGAUGGUGCCAGCUCGCAUGCCAGUGGCUCAAAGGAUGGAGGUGCACCCGGCGGCAAAAACUGAGCAUAAAUGUGUGGUCGAUUAGAGGUUAUCCUCUUGGAUCUGGCGUUCAAAGGUCUACCAUAUUUAUCUGUUACUGCAACUUAUACUACAGACAUCAAAAGACCAAAGAAAUUUACAGUCUUUUUAUCCCGAUGGAACAAUUGUUCAUUCUAGUUCUCGCUGCCCACUAGGUCAUGUACACGAGGCAUGAAAACUGCCGAGGCAGGAAACAUGCGUUGCGAGUUUGAGACUUCUAUGUGCAGAUUUUUUUAAUUAAAUUCAUCAAAGUACCAAACUCGGAGCAUU